AUGACACGGAUUGAAAAUAGAGUAUGUGAUUCCUCACCUAUGACAACUACAUUUAUUCCCCCCUCUGUCCCAGAAAUUUCAACGUAUCGUACAACUACGUAUGUGAGUGAGAUUCCUGAGUCUGUUCUAAAAAACCCUGAAAAGCCAUGCUGUCUCGGAGUCGAUGAGGCCGGAAGAGGUCCUGUGGUUGGCCCUAUGGUAUACGGGGUAAGCUAUUGUUUGGAAGAAUAUGAACCACGAUUGAAAGACUUUGGGUUUGCCGAUUCUAAAACACUUACUGAACAGAAAAGAAGUGAAUUAUUAGAGAGUUUAUGCAACGGAGAUCAUGAGCUUAGAAAGAACGUAGGCUGGGCAACAACAUCCAUUUCUGCCUGCGAUAUUUCCAGUGCAAUGCUAAAGCCACAUAAUAUAGGCAAUUACAACUUGAAUGAGCAGGCUCAUGAUGUCACCAUGGAACUGAUAGAUAAAGUCAUCCAAAAAGGUGUCAAUUUACGGCACGUCUACGUAGAUACUGUCGGACCUCCAGCAUCAUACCAAAAGAAACUGCAACAAAGGUUUCCCGCACUGCUGAUCACCGUAUCUAAAAAAGCAGAUGCCAUCUAUCCAUGUGUUUCAAGUGCUUCAGUUUGCGCCAAGGUCACUAGAGACGUCUGUUUGAGAACCUCAAAUGGGGAGGAGAACCUAUUAGAUUGUGGGUCUGGAUAUCCCUCGGACCCAAAUACUAAGAAAUGGCUAGCCCAGUCUAUACAUCCAUUGUUUGGCUGGAGUCGUGAUGUCAGGUUUUCGUGGCAGACGGCCAAAGAUUGUCUUGAGAGACACAACUCAAUCAAAGUUGUGUUUGGCGAAGAGGAGCCUACCCCGGUUAAUUUCGGUGAUCUGGGGUUGAGCAAACAGAAGACCGACUUUAAGGAUUUAGAAAUCAGUACCAGUUGGUGGGGACAUUAA